UGAUUGGUCAAAUGCUUAAAGGGAUUUAUUCCAUUCAUGAAAUAGUUCAAGUUGCCAUAAGAUUGUUUUAGCACGUUUAAGGUUUACCAUUUAUAGCGAUUUUUACUGACUUUUGCGAUGUGGAUAUUGCAAAGCUUGAAAUUGCAAUAACGAUAAAUUUGUGAUGUAUAGGGCAGGCCUAAAAGGUGCUAUAUAAAUCAAAUGAAUUUGAAUUUGGCGUGUGGAGCAGGUUCCUCGCUGCCGUAACGCCUCAGUGGCGGGAACUCCUUCCUCAUCCUCAGGACUUCAUAACAGUCGACUUCCUCGCUUCCUCAGCCUUUCAGCAGGUCACACAGGAAAAAUGCAGAAAUGGACACGGAUGGACUCUGCAGUGUGUUUUCACCACAACUCUGUUUGUGUAGACGCGUCUCUUCUGGGGAGUUACAGACCAAGAGCUGACAGAGUAGACUCUGCUGUGGUGAAGGUCCAGCAGCCUCCAGAAGCCUUGUCCGCACGCAUCAGAAGUCCUGUGGGAGGCUCAGCUUCGGCCCGCCUGGCCGGGUGGGACGGCAAACGUUCUUCAGACGCCAGCGGCCUCAGAGACAGAUUGCACAAAGGUCCGUCCAACUCAGAGCAGAUCCACAUCAGAGUCCAGAAGCUGCUGCAGACGCACAAGUCCACCUGGAACCACAGCGAGAGCUUUGACCCGUAAGCCGAGCGUCCCGUCAGGACUUUGUCUUCAUGCCGACGCACCUGAACUGGUUGAUUCGAUGCUUCUGCAGCAGCUUAGUCAAAUUAUUUCCCCUCAAUAUUCCAGUCACAACUUUGAAAGUGUUUCUGUAACCCUUGUGCUAUCCUAGGCACUUUACCAUUGGGAGUUGGGUCAUCUAGACCCACUAGACAGUGCUCUGAACCUUUUUUCUUCAAUGAUUUGUG